AUGGCAAAAUCUAAUACAGGAGGCACCGGGAUUGCAGAGAGCUCUUGUGAUGGGGAUUCCCACGGUCGCAAAGUGCAGUCUUUAAGCUGGCGCGGUGGCAUUCGUUCUGUGGCGUGUUUGGCGUCUGUCUCUAUUACGAGGUUCCGAUCUCGCAAAACGCGAGACGGUCUACGCAUGGAAACGCUGUUCGAGCAUAUCCUCUUUGCCCCAAAACUCGGCUUGGGCUUAUUGAAAGCGCCAAGGAUUGCCUGGUGGGGGUGCGAUACGUCGGACGGGUCAACUGUGAGACAUCUCGAGAGCUUGGGGGACUUUGUUGUCGAUGCCGAUAUCCUGGUCUCCUCCAGUAGCAGUCAUGGCUGCGAGCCCCCCGAUUCCCGGGAGGAGGACCAUACUUUGGCAGCACGAUUGGACUUGCAGGGAUGGCAUGGUUAUCAGGGAUUGAUGGGAGAUGUACGCCAGCUGCAAUUCCAGUUUGGCCGCGAGAUAGACGAGGAUCUCGCCCUAGACCCUCAUAAAUUCCCAGAUCAGUUCAGGAUGACCUCGCACACUUCAUACGUCCUCCCUACCAUGGCUGCAUCAGAUCGUGGAAAGGAUUUUGUGUCUUCCGGAGUGGAAAUCAACCAUCCAGCAGUCGGUGCCAGUGAGUCUCGCCGACCGGUGGAUGGCUUCCAAGUGGAGGACGAUCGUACGGUCCUGCAGGAGACAACUACCGAUGCAGACGCGUUCCCAGAUGGCGGUUAUCGCUCCUGGCUCGUGGUUCUGGGCUCGUUUUUGCUGCUGAUGUCGUCCUACGGGCUGAUGAACUCGGUCGGGGUGUUACAAUCCUAUCUGGAAUCUCACCAACUAGCGAACUACUCGAGCCAGAAUGUCGGUUGGAUCUCAGGGCUCUUUGUCUUUGUUUCGCUGGGGCUGGGUGUCUUCGUGGGCCCCUUGUUCGACACCUACGGACCGAGAGAACUGGUCUCCGCCGGGUCGGCCUUUUAUGUGCUGAGUCUAUUCCUGACCGCGGAAUGCACCGAGUAUUGGCAUUUCAUCAUUUGCUUCGGCAUCAUGGCAGGCAUCGGGGGUGCGUUCACGAGCACUAUUGGGAUGUCCUGUGUCCCACACUGGUUCCAGGCGCGCGCCGGCAUGGCGAUCGGAACGGCCAUGGCGGGCGCAGGUCUAGGCGGCGUGGUCUUCCCUUUUAUCUUAAAGGGUGCCUUUGCCAAUUUGGGCUUCCAGUGGGGAAUGCGCAUCGUCGCCUUGGUCAUCCUGGUGCUGUGCGGACUCGCCUCGUUCCUCGUCAAGUCCCGCCUCCCCAAGGGACAGCUGAAGGCGGCGAUCGAUAUUCGGUGCUUCAAGGACUCUCGCUUCACGCUACUAAGCUGUGGGAUCUUCGCACUCGAAUUGGAAAUGUUUGCCCUCAUCGGGCUCUUUCCCACGUACGUCAUCAAACAGGGCUUCAAUACCAGUGCGAGUGUGUAUACCUUGGUGGUGCUCAAUGUAUGCUCCUGCAUCGGUCGACUCCUCGCCGGCCGGGUCGCCGAUCGAUACGGUCGCUUGAACGUCCUCAUUAUCUUGAUUCUAUCGGCAGUUCUGACGAUGUUUACAAUCCUGUACCCGUUCAGCCGACAUCUAUCAGCACUGUAUAUCUUUAGCGCCCUAUAUGGUCUCUGUUCAGGGUCGUUCAUAAGCCUUGCUCCUGUCUGCAUUCGGCAGGUGUCCAAUGCAAAAGAGAUCGGGAUGAGGUUUGGGACAUGCUACUGUCUGGUGAGCUUCGCGACGUUGAUCUGUAUCCCGAUCGGAGGGGAGAUGUUGGAGAAAGUUGGGUCGCGGAUUGUAGUUAUCUGGCUUGCAUGCGUGCUCUUAAGGAAAGUCACAGCGGAGAUGCAUUUGUACAUAUCUGUGCUGGUUUGGUUAGCCUGUGGACCGCUGGCCCUCCUAGCCGCCAGUAUCUAUGAUUUCUCACCGGAGCAAGUGGACCAGGGCAUCGCUCUGCGGCAGCUUGCCCGUGAGGCGACUGAAAAUAUCAAGAGAGAUAGGACAGGGGGCUGCCGACCCGAAGAUGCCCAGAUACGUAAAGAAUGGCGUGAGCUGACCCCAGAGGAAAGACAGCAGUUCAUCGACGCUGUUCGGUGCCUGCAGAGGAUUCCAACCACUUUGUCAGCCGAUCUUCAUCAGAUUUAUCCCGGGAUACAGACUCGGUAUGACGAAUUUCUGGCCACACACAUCAAUCUGACCAGUGUUAUCCACAUGACUGCGGACUUCCUUGCCUGGCAUCGGUAUUUCAUCCACACAUUUGAGCAGGAUCUCAAAUCCAAAUGCGACUACGCUGGAUCCCUUCCGUACUGGGAUUGGGGGUUGGACGCCGAGAAUCCUCAGCUCUCCGUGCUGUUCAAUGGGGACGAGUAUAGCAUGGGAUCGAACGGGGUGUUUAUACCGAACAGGGAUCCGGCAUACUGGCCCUCCAUCAAGGAGUACAUCCCAGUUGGUACGGGCGGAGGGUGUGUGUACGAGGGGCCCUUCUCGAACUAUACCAUCAACAUGGGUCCUAUUGAUGGCGCGGGCCAAAAGCCAGUGAACUACCGCUUCGAGUAUCAUCCACACUGCCUCAAACGCGACAUCAACCCAACUGUCACACGAUCUUCCGUGACCUUUCGCCACAUCACAGAGCUGAUCCUGUCGUAUGACACCAUCGACUGGUUCCAGGGUGUGAUGCAGAGAGAUCCUCGGUUUUCUGUCCCCUCUGUGCCGUACGGCGUUCACCGCGGCGGGCACGUUGGGGUCGGUAUGGUCAUGGGAGAUGCAGCUGGUAGUCCCGGCGAUCCAAUGUUCUAUCUGCACCAUGCGCAGAUUGAUCGAGUGUGGACCAUCUGGCAGGGACUGGACCUAGACAAGAGAAGGCAUGCCAUCUGGGGCACGCACACCAUCGUCGACACGCCCCCGACGGCGAAUAUGACGUUGGACGAGAUGAUUCAUUUUGGAUUUGCCGCUGAGCCGGUGAGAUUCCGGGACCUGAUGGAUACGCUUGACGGGCCAUUUUGUUAUUAUUAUAGUUGA